GUUCCCCCGAGAAUCUUCAGAUACCACUUCUUCUACAAAAUGUAACCCAACACUAGGACCUCCAAAAUUUUCCCAUACGUAAAAUACAAGACUGAUAUAGAUAGAGAAAGAAUGAUAUUUUCAUGAAAUUAAGAAGAAACCCGAUAAACUAAAAUAAAGAACACCAAGAUGACCCAACAGGGUGAUAGAAAGAAAUUCUACUGUAGAGAAUGGGCCUUUCAGAAAUUGUCACAUUGCUUAGACCAGCGUCCAAUAUCGAAGACUUGUGGUGCCCUUCUCUUAGGAAGUGCAGGAUGCGGAAAAACGACUUUUUGUUCGGAGUUGUGUUGGCCCAGCCAGGGACUAUCGGGAAGGCAACAGAGGGCCCUUAAUAGAAGACUUUUAUGCUAUCAUUUUCUCCAAGGGCAUAACGAAAAAAGCCUUUCAUUGAGCGAAUUUGUAAGAUCUCUAGUUACUCAAAUAUUAAAUCACUCGACGGAAAGUCACAAAGAGAGGAGCCUUCGAAAGAGAAUCUCAAACGAUAAAAGCGAUUUGAACGCUUCUUCCAGCCCGAAAGACUGCCCCAGUACAUCCAGUAACAUUUCUUACGACCACUGUGAAGAAAGCUUGUACAGCAAUGUUUUUCCCGAAACUGUGUUAUCUCCAAGUGUCGAAAGUAAGAAAUUCGUACCUACGACUCCAAACCUACCACCAAACCCCAGAACCGUUAUAGCGGAUGCCUAUUUGGAGAAAUUGAAAUCGGAUAGUGAGAUCCAAAUUGCUUUGAGGGCCAAAAAUAUCGAGAUGAACCCAGACGAUUGUCUGAAGAGGGCCCUUCUUUUUCCGUUACUCGAGAUCGAACCACCCAAGACUUCUUUAUUUAUAAUAAUCGAUUCGAUAGAUGAACACUCGUUCAACUACUCAAAUUCUACAUUGACCAGGUGUAAGCCUAGAGAAAGGACAUCACAGAGCAAGACUAUCGCAGAAUUACUGGCGAAUCACCAUCAUUUGUUUCCCCAAUGGUUGCUCUUGGUCUGUACCGCCAGGAAACAGUCGAAAAGCAUCGCUAAAAUGUUCACAGGUUUUCGAAAAUUAAGCUUAGACGAUUUGAGAAAAAGCCAAGUUGUUAGAGAUGUGCAACAGUAUAUCUUAUCUAGGUUAGAUCAAGAGCAAAAUCUGAGACAACACAUCAGCAGGGACACUGCAGAAAUGCUCAACCAGUUACAUAUAAAAAGCAAUGGUUGUUUUUUAUACCUGGAAAAGGUGUUAGAUGGGGUGUCCGACAAAUUCAUAAUACUCAGGGAGGUAAGGGAGAUCCCAGGAACCCUCAAUGGUCUGUACCUCUGGUUAUCCCAGAGGUUAUUCAAUAGAAAACAGUUCGCAAAAGUUCAACCCCUACUGAACGUCAUCUUAGCCGCAAAAUGUUCACUGACUGAAUCACUACUUUACGACAUCAUAAAAGUCUACAAUCCUAAGAUAACCACUGAGGAUUUCAAAAAACGCUACGAUCUACUCAAGAGAGUGCUGGUGGUAUCGAAGACUGGGAACAUAAGUUUGUUCCAUCACUCCUUCGCCGAAUGGUUGUUGGACAUCAAACACUGCACCCAAAAAUACCUCUGCAACAUAUUCCACGGACAUUGCAUCCUUGCCAUGUACUACACCAUACACGCCAAAUACUUGAACAACCAAGAGAUCUACGACUACGCCUUCCACCUGACCAGGAUGGAACAAUACCUACUGGAACAAAACAACCCGAAAACCCAAAGCCUAUCGUACAAACUCACCCACGAGAAGAGCAAACAUUCCUCCAACACCCACUCCAGCGACAAGACGGAACACUACCCCGACCUCAAGAUGUCGCCACAGGAACUUGCCAAGUUGCCCAUCAAAGAGACCAGUCUGAAUUCCACCCCCCUGGACGGAAACCCCCCGAAAAGCGAACAAUGUGAGUUCAAUCUGGAUCUGGAACUGAAGAAGUUGGACAAUUUCGAAAACUUGAAUCUCAAAUCGCCUGCCGUCGAAAAAGACAUUUACGCCGAGGUGAACAAGGUUAAAAAAGAGGCCAAGGGGUUUCUACAUCAGAAUAGCGGCAUGCCCACUGUUUUACCUCAAAAUUUGGAAUCAACAGUGGCUAACGAGGUCAGCACAAGCAAGUCCGGUGCUCAAGAUGAAUCGAAAGUUCUGGACAUCCACACUCUCAUCCAGCUGUGGUUGAUUCUGAGUGGAUGUAACGUUGAGGAAUGUCUUCUGGAAGGUAACGAGAUGGCAGGAGUGAAUUUUGGGGCUUUCCUACCGACAGACCAGAAAGUUUUGAAGCUGCUGUUAGAAGCGGGGGCUGUAGAACAAACUGAUGUCGAAGGUUGCGAGUACCAGAGUCAGAUAUCUUUGGCUUCGACAUCUUCUGAAGUAAGCCCUGAUCCCCUGUUCAAUCUACAUGAAAUGCACGGUCAGGCUGCACUGCACGUAGCAGCUAGAUUAGGUCAAACCGAAGUUGUGAAGGUAUUACUGGAAGCUGGUGCAGGUGUAGACGAAGCCGACAUUGACGGUUGGACCCCUCUGAGAGCUGCAGCUUGGGGAGGACACACCGAGGUGGUGGAACUCCUGGUAAAACAUGGUUGCACCCUGGAUAGUGUGGACGCGGAGAACCGCACAGCCCUCAGGGCUGCCGCGUGGUCGGGUCACGAAGAAAUAGUGAAGAUCCUGCUACAGCACGGCGCCGAAGUUAACUUGACCGACCACGAAGGACGCACGGCCUUGAUAGCUGCAGCUUACAUGGGUCACAAUGAAAUCGUGGAUCACCUUCUGGAUUACGGCGCAGAUAUCAACCACGCAGACGCGGAUGGUAGGACGGCCUUGAGUGUGGCUGCUCUUUGCGCCCCCCGUUCCCCAGGCGUAAACGUGGUUUCUACGCUACUAGAAAGGGGAGCUUUCGUCGAUCACGAGGAUAAGGAAGGGAUGACUCCCCUGCUCGUUGCUUCCUUCGAAGGUCAUAGGGACGUGUGCGAAAUCCUUCUGGAGAACGAAGCCGAUGUGGAUCACACGGAUCACAGUGGGAGGAGUCCGUUGUGGGCUGCGGCUAGCAUGGGACACGCCCCCGUGGUCGCACUCCUGUUGUUCUGGGGCUGUUGUAUAGAUUCCAUGGACUCUGAAGGUCGAACAGUCCUAUCUGUGGCUGCUGCACAAGGGUGUGUCGAAGUGGUCAAACAGUUGUUAGACAGGGGGUUGGACGAACAACACAGGGAUAAUUCUGGUUGGACUCCACUUCAUUACGCUGCAUUCGAAGGUCAUCAAGAUGUUUGUGAGACGCUCUUGGAAGCUGGAGCUAGAAUAGAUGAAACUGAUAACGAAGGAAAAGCUGCCUUAGUUCUUGCCGCACAAGGGGGCCACACGUCCCUUGUAACUAUAUUUUUAGAGAAAUAUUGUGCUCCUGUUGAUCAGAGACCGCACGAUGGAAAGACUGCCUUGAGAUUGGCCGCUUUAGAAGGGCAUUACGAUAUUGUACAGAUUUUACUACAGAACGGUGCCGAUAUAGAUGCCAAAGAUGCGGAUGGUAGGAGUACACUUUACGUUUUAUCCUUAGACGAUCGAUUGGCCAUGUGUAAAUAUUUCAUUCAACAAGGAGCCGACGUGGAAACUAGAGAUUUAGAGGGAAGAACCCCUCUUCAUGUUUCCUCGUGGCAAGGCCAUUUAGAAAUGGUCAAUCUUCUACUUAAAUACGGAAAAGUGCAGGUGGACGCGUGUGAUUUAGAAAACAGGACAGCCCUACACUCCGCCAGCUGGCAAGGUCACAGUGAGAUCGUUAAACUCCUGUUGGAAAACGGCGCCCUGCCCGACCACACUUGCAAUCAGGGAGCGACAGCGUUAGGUAUAGCGGCUCAGGAAGGCCACGAGGCAUGCGUCGUAGCCCUAUUGGAGCACGGGGCGGAUCCGAACCAUUCGGACGCGUGCGGAAGGAACGCCCUGAGGGUGGCGGCCAAAUCCGGACACAGGGGCGUCGUCAGGUUGCUCGAGGAGUACAGCUCGAGGUCGCACAAGGUGGCUCACACGAGCAGUAGCGCCAAUUCCAUAACUUCAGCGUCGACGGCAGAAACGAAGCCGUCUUGUGCCAUACUGUAUCCCAGCGCGAGCGACUGGACGGAUCAACAGAGGAGGUCCAUGAUCUCCUUGGGAAAUCACAGCUCCAACUCGAAAUCCAGCUCUAACCUCACUAAUUCUAGUCAUUCCAGUAGACACGGAGAAUGCUCAAGAGAAAAUACUCAAAACACUCAGCCUUUGUCCUUCACACAGAAGCUCCAACAAUGCUCGAGGGGGGCAAAAACUAGACCUUUGAGCAAAGUUUUAUCCCCGUUACAGAGCGAACCACAAAGUCCCAUAUAUGCGUCUCCUCCCUUAAGUCCAGUUCACGACACCCCAAACAUUUUCGGAGCGAUGAACAUUUACCAACCGGUUCUUAGACAUAACUUUGCCAAGGCCCCCGACACCCAUUUCGCGAGAGACACACACAUGCGGAUAAUCUUAGGCAAUUCUAGCUCGUCGCCAAAUAGCAAAAAUGACAAAAAGAACGAGGAAGACAGUUCGAAGAAUAAAAGGUUGGACAUGAACUUUUUCAAAUAUUUUAAUCAAAAAUCCAAGAGGAACGGUAUCGUUACAAACCCCGCCUUGAGACUGGUGGCGAACGUGAAGAAUGGUUUAGAUUCUGCUGCUGCUAAUCUUAGAAAGUCGACUUCUUCGGCGAAUCCCGCUUCAAAGACGAAUAGUUUUCAUUGGAGGAGAGAAACUCCGCUCUAGGGAGGUUGAAAAUGUCAAAGUACUAGUCAAUUCAAUGGUUUUUCUGAAGUUCAGCCUCAAUAGUUCACGCUACUCACAACUAGUCCGUUAUCAAAGAUUUUCUUAGUUUUAAGUUUGUAACGAUUGGUAAUCGUUUUCGAUUUUGCUAAUUGGCCUAAUUUUCAUCUAAGUAAGUAAUAAUCUUAUAUGAAAUGUAUAUUUUGUGAUAAAUUUUUUAGUUUUGUUUAGGUGAUAAGUUGAAAAAUGCUUUAUUUAACGAAAAUGUUUAUACUGACUGACCCAGUAAAAAACUCACAUUUUGAACGAGUACGAAUUAGGUUGAGAGAUAUUAUAUGAAUAUUUUAUACUUUUAAAAAGCACCGAAAUCUGAACUUUAACAGAAGAUUUAUUUAUUUUUCAUUUCGAUUUAAAUUUGAAAUUGUUACACUUCGAAACGUUGUAAUGAUUUUUUGGAACUGUGAUUAGAAAUCAAUCCGGAAUGUUUUUUUUAUCAAGUUUAUUAAUUUUCUCAUAUCUGAAACAGUUUGAAUGAUGAAUUUCAUUGAUUUGAUGCUAUUAAAAACAUUUUAAGCAAUAAAGACUUAAAAUAUCACCGACUGAUAAUAAUAAUGUAUAGGACAUGAUGAUAGGAAGGAGGAAAAUGAUUUCUUUGAAGGAAUGUUUUUCAUAGAAAGAAUCAUCACGCAAGACGGAGUCAAUCAAGUUUGAAAAGAUUGUUUCUUAUUUUCAUACCUUUUAAUGUUGUCAAAUAUUUAUUCUCACUUUAAGCAUGUAGGAUAAUCGAAGAAUCAAUGAUCUGAGACGAAGAUUUCAUUUGAAACACAAACAAAAUGACUUUCUCAUGAAAAACAUGAAGAAACCCACAAAUACUGGAUCUCAAAUUAUAUACGAAUAAUUUUAAACCUCAACCAAUAUAUUUUUCCAAUUAUAUUUUUUAUAAUCCGAGCGAAUGUGCAUGUAACACUAUCCCUUCUAUUGUGUUCAGUUUUUUUCGAGUAAUUCAAAUUUGUGUAUUCUCCGUAUUAUUGUAACAAACUAUAGUUUUUAUACAGUUGAACAGUGCACUGUAUAGUUAUGUUAAAACAGUAUUAAAUAAAAAAUAUUUGAAUAAAA